AUGUACAAUUCUGAUGAUGAGUUUCCAAGCGAAUCAGAACUAUUAAGAUCACAUGUUAUUCAUUUAAGCACGAAUGAGAAAAACAAGAAGCGUAAGUCAGUUGCUGAAAGUGAUAAUGAUCUUUCGGAUGUUGAGAAGCUUAUUUCAAGAAUUCCUAUUUCUUCACAAUCGAUUGAGCAUAAAAAAAAGAAAAUCUUUGUUGAGAAAGAGUCAAAAAAAUCAAAAAAUGACGAUGGUUUUGUAUUCAAGGAUGGAAAGAAAAAAUAUAUUUUAACAAGCAAACAAAUUCAGCAAAAGAUAAAAAAUUUGAAAAGACGUUUAAAUGGCAGAGAUACUUCAGAGGCUAUUAAAAGUAUAAUCAAGAACUUUCGAUCAACAGAUUCUUUUACCAAUUUUAAGAAGCGAACGAUGGGAGAAAAGAGCAAUCCAAAAAUUUUGGUGACCAGAAUUAAUGAUCUGAUUCCAGGCUACUACGGAUGCAAGGGAUACGAGAUAAUUUACAAACAUUUGAUAGAGACGGUUUUAGAAGAUACUCCGCUUGUAUAUGAAGGUAACAAAGGUAACAGAAACAGUUUGAUAAACGAGGUUAUAAUUCCAGAAAUCGCUAUCUACUUAAUCGCUAAGGAUUUGAAAGUUGAUCACGAUUUGGGUCUUAGGAUUCUCAAAUGCAGCAUAGGAUACGGAUCGCAUAAUUCUAUUAGCAGGUCUGAUGCUACUUUUGGUACCAAAAAACUUGAUCGUAUUAUUCAAAUUCAUGAUUAUAAAAUAUGCAUGCUCGGAUUCGAGCUUAUUCUGACUGCUGGAUCUGGUAAUCGUUUGAUGAAAAAUUCUUUGUCUGAAUCUGCACAAUGUAUAUCAUCAUCGAGUUGGUCAUAUGAUAUCCCAUCAUUCGAUGAUCAUCCAAAUACAUAA